AUGACCAGCCAGUCUCAGGGGAUCCAACAGCUCCUGCAGGCAGAGAAAAGGGCCAAGGACAAGCUGGAGGAAGCAAAAAAGAAGAAUGGUACUGCCCAGGGGAAAGGGAGGCGACUGAAGCAAGCUAAGGAAGAAGCUGUGGCCGAGACUGACCAGUACAGACUGCAGAUGGAGAAGGCGUUCCGCUUAAAGCAGUCCAAGAUAAUGGGCUCUCAGAGCCACCUAUCAGAUGAAAUAGAAGAGCAAACACUGGAGAAGAUAAAGGAGUUGAACAGGAGCUACAACGCAUGUAUGGAGAGUGUGAUGAAUCAGUUGCUGAGCAUGGUGUGCAGCCUGCAAGCAGAAGUUCACGUGAACUACAGAGCCACCGACUGA